GGUUCAUUUACCCUUUCGUACACCAAUACUGCUCGUUCCCGAAACCAGAUGGCACGCAGGCGACAUGCUCCUGAUUCUCUUCGUGAUGAUACCUGUGGGGAUCUAUAUUGCCCGUUAUGGAAAACGUGCUGAUCUGUGGUUGGGCUGGCACAAGUUCUUCAUGAGCUUUGCGCUGGGAGAGUUUGCGUUUACGUUGCGACACAUUGCCGUCUCGUAUGACGAGUUUAUUUUGAAGAUGCACACGUACGAUCAUAUCAAAAUCGGCGUGGCUACCGCCUGCGUCGGAAUCGCGGGCGGGACGGUAGGAUUUCUUGCGCAGAAAGACUGGCGGAUCUUUGCGAGAUACUCCCAAGGAAUGCGGUCGGUUCACAAACUCGGGUCUUACUUGACCUAUGUACUGGGCAUCCUAAAUGGCUGGUACGGCGUGCAGGACUUGGCCGCAAGCUACGGCUCCACCAGCAAGAUCUGGCCCUCCCUCUACCUAGGCUACUUCGGUCUGCUCGUCGUCAUCCUGCUGGGCAUCAAAUCAAUCCAGGCCUACCUCGGCGAUUUCGCAAACCGCUUCCUUGACCGGUUCUUGCAAAGCCGUCUCGGCAAAUGGGUCGAGCGAAACACAGAGGAGAAUGUCGGCGUUGUGCAGUUCACCGAGGAUGUGCAGAUCAAAGAACCCGCACGCGAGAUAACACUGGAGGAUUUUGAGCAAUCGUGCAUGGACGGAAAGCCUUGGAUUUUGAUCGGAGGACUGGUCAUGGAUUUGAACGGCUAUUUUGAUCAGCAUCCCGGUGGCCGUCGGUUACUGGAAGAUUAUGUUGGCAUGGACGCCACAAACGCAUUCCUGGGCAAAGUGAAAAACGGCGGUAUUCACAUGCAUAGCCGGUUUGCCAUGAAUAAACUCAGCAGCCUGGUCAUUGCGUGCCUCCCUAAGGAAAAGGUGACCGAGAUGGGACGGUCGAUCCUAAGCGUGAGCGCGGCUCCUCCUGCACUAGCCCGUCGUCGAAGCAGCAUUGUCCCGGCCGCCAUUCAAGAAGCUUCUACAUCAUUCGAGGCCAAGAAGGGGCCUUACAAACCCACGAAAUCAGGACUGGGACCCAAAAUCAUAGCUUCGGCCGCAUUAUCUCAGCCGUUAUUACCACCAUCCGACACGGGUCCGCGGAAGUUCAUUCUCUCUCCACCGUCAACGACGUCGGAAACUUCACAUACAUCUCUGAAUACUUCCGCGUCGAGAGGCGCUGGAGCGACGCUUGUUGAGAAGACGACGGUGACGGCUUUCAAUGCACCCAUGCCGGUGCGAAAGUUUCGGUUUCGGUUGAAGCAGACGAUUCCGGUGGAUAUUGAGCCUGGGGAUGCAGUGACUUUGCGAUUGAGAGACAAGUCGGGCACAAUCCACAUCAGAGAGUAUACGCCAAUUAAGAGCCCGAAUGAUGAUUGCAUCGAUCUAUACAUUAAGAUAUACCCCGCCGGGCUUGUCACAGCUCCUUUGGACGAGGUCGCCGUCGGCGACCUUGUGGACAUGACAAAUCCGGAAAGUCAUAUCGUUACGCCUCUGAUCCAUCCGGAUUCUGAGGACGGCUGUUACCCUAACGUCGUUAUGAUUGCAGCUGGGACAGGAAUCACACCCAUGCUCCAAAUCCUAGAUUUCUAUCGCCAAUUUGGCCAACGCAACAGUCAACCCGAGCAGCGAGUACGAGCAUCCACACCAACAAGCGCCCGCAAAGGUCUCCUCAGAUCGCAUCUCCGGCUCCUAUGGUCGAACCGCUCCGAGGAAGAGAUGUUCCUAAUCACCGAGCUCGCAUGCAUGGAACGCGCCGAGCAAGGGUCCUUACGCGUAUCUCACAUCCUCUCCAGUCCAUCUGCUUCAUGGACUGGAUCAAAAGGCCGCGUCACCCGGCAGCAUAUCAAAGAGAUAUUACCGGAAGAUUUGAAGACAUUGCUCGACAGGAAGCUGCCGUCCGUCGACGGAACAGCGGAUCUGGAAGGGGGGAAUCUGGGCAGGUGCAACUGGGUGAAUGAAUACCCGUGGGAUAGUUUGUGCAUUGUGGUGUGUGGACCACCGGGGUUCAACACAGCGGUUGCAGAGAUUUUGGAGAGUUUUCAUGUGCCGGAUAAUGUUUUGCAUGUGCUGUAAGUUUUUGCAGUGGUGAUGGGAGCGCCGGUGAAGAACAAUGUGGCAGUAUGUACGAUUUUUGGGCAUAAAAUCUGCUUGUUCUGUAAUUCCCAUCUAUAAAGUUAUGGCCAAUAUAAGGUGAAAAUAAAAU